UCCCAAAACCUGAAAAAAAAAUUCUCCCCGUGUGCGUCGCAGGUGUGUAAAGGCUAGUUUACAGAAACAGAGGUGGGGAGGAUCGGUUGCGGUGGCAUUACAGCGAAAAAGGGCGUAUAGUACAUGUCAAAAAUGGCCUGCAACAAGUUUGUGUUUGUUUAUCAUUUUCAUAGCUAAAGAGGCCAAGACCAAACGGAAAAGAAGAAGGAAAAAAAAAAGCAAUCUGGGUUAUAAAUCAGAAGAAUUCAACUUACUCUGCGUUCUGUUUUUGUUGCAAUUGCUCCUGUACACCAAACGCUUCACAUCUUCGUCCUCCGUUGCGAUCAAGGAAGGUAACUAUUGUCUUUGGUAGCAGAAGCCGUAAAGAUCACAAUGGAAUGGGCGGACAAGGCUGUUGGAUUUCUGUUGUCGUAUAUCAGUUUAUCUAUAUUUACUUAUUAUACCUUUUGGGUCAUCAUCCUGCCUUUUGUGAACAGUGAUCACUUCAUCCACCGGUAUUUCCUACCCCAAGAAUAUGCCAUCUUAAUCCCUGUAUUUGCUGCCAUGGUUCUUCUGUGCUUUCUCUCCAUAUUCAUUGGGUAUGUGAUGCUCAAAUCCAAAAAGAAGAAAGCUUGAUCAUAUAUUUGUAGUUCUGAUUUUCUGAAGAUGAAUUGGAACUCUACUUUGUGUUGGGAUUUAGUUCCGAAAUAGGCAAUUUUACUUGUUGAGAUAAUCUGCAUUUCACUUUUUUAGCCUCUUCUUUGUGAGUUUUAAUUGGAAGGAUAGAUUCAUGAUAUUAAACAUAUAUGGUGUGCUUAGUAAUGAAAUGGUCCAAGCUUUGGCCUCAUCUCUUGGAGGCUAGUUUUUUCCGACAAUGAUAUGUAAGUUAGUAUUGUUUGUGAACAUUGUAAACCAUUAAGUCAGAGUAACAUUGCACCCAGACAAGUUGGUUCGAAAAGCAUUUGUUUAUCUGCAUAUCAAACUUGUUUCGAUUUGAAAAUCAAGUGAGUCAAUUGAAUGAGAUAAUUGUUUGCAAUAGAUUCAUGUAACUCAGACACAGGUGUGCAGAGUGUUUACCUUUCCAUAG